AGAAUUUUCAAGAAUUUUUUCUAAAAUUAAUUUGUUUUAUCAUUUAAUAUCUAAUUCAAAAUGAGUGUGUGUGUGGAUGUAGAUGUGUGGAAGUUGAUAUUCUCUUCGCUGACACCCAUAUCUGCACUCUUUUUUCGUCUUUUCUUAUCUUUCAAAUUAUUUUUUGUAGAUCCAACGUAAGAGUAGCUCUAUCAACAAUUAGUAAAUCUGAAGAUGAUCUUAUACAAUAGUGUCAACAUUUCUGUUCUAAUAACUUAUUAUUUAAAAAACGGUAAAAAAAAAAGAACAUUUCCUAUUGAUAAAUAGAAAGUUUAUUCUAAAAAAAAAUAAUUUUUUUAAAGCCUAUUUAAAAGAUUUUGUUCAUGGUCGAUCAGUUGAUGAAGAAGGUGAACAACAAGAUACAGAUGAUGAUCUUUUCGUAAUGUGGAGUGCAUAUUCACGAUAUAAAUUAAAUAAUCAAACAAUUUUAGAAGAAUAUAUUGAUGAAAAUUAUGAGCCAACUGAUGAAGAAAUUCAUGAAUAUGCUACACAUAUUGGAAUUGAUCCCAAGAAAGAAAACGAUCUUCUUUGGUUGGCAAGAGAAGAUGUUAUGAAACCAUCACCAUCAGGUGGGAUAGCGUGUCAAAAAGAAAAUGGAGAAUCAUAUGAUUUUUAUUUUAAUACGGGAAAAUCAUCAUGGGAUCAUCCAUAUGAUGAUAUAUAUAAAACACAUGUUAUUCAAGCACGAGAAAAAAAAACUUUAUCAUCCAUUGUAUUCGAUACACUUUCAAAAGAGAAAAAUAGUGAAGAUACUCAUGAACGAAUAAAACUUACCAGUUUAGCUGCACAAACUGCUGAACAUCCUUUAAAUACAAAUAAAAGUUCAAUUAAUGGUACUACAUCAACUAUACGACUUGAACAAUCUGUAAAUGAUGAAAAAUUACAAUUAAUUGAAGAUAAUCGGUAUUUAUAUUGA